AUGCCUCAAGUGGAAGAAACUCGAGAUUGCUACCGUUGCGGCAAGAAAGGACACUUGCAGGCGAAUUGCCCCGAAAUAGUGAAGAAGGAAGAGAUUGAAACUCAUGCUCAGUUUUUUGUCGCCGUUAAGAGAGAAAUGUCCACCUCCCCCGCCCUCUCAGCCCGCGCCCGCGCCCCCCCCACCGUCGGCCCUCGGGGCCCCGUGCCUGCCCUCCGGGACGCCUCUCAGCGGGAGCAGCAACAGCAGGAGCAGGAUGCUACUGCCGCCGCCCCUGCCGCCGCCCCUGAACAUGAUGCCCCCGCGGCCCCCAACUUUGGGGAAUUGAUGCAGUUGCAUCAAGGUCUCGUCGAAUUAGAGAACGGGCCCAUUGAGUUGCGACAUAUGGUUACGGAGACCAAGCAACGGGUAGAGAAUAUACUCGCUUUCCGGGAGGACAGGAAGAUAGAAAGGACAAUCAUUAAGGAGGAAGAGUCGUAA